GGGAGGAAAAAUAUGAAACAACUCAUUUGCAGAGGAGUAAAUCACGGAAAAGCCGUUUGAGAGCGCGACAGGGCUCCUGCGUACAGCGCGAAAGCCGGAAUUGUGAUGCGCACCAGCUUUUCCUCCUUCUCUAUUCCUUCCUCUUCUUCAUCUCCUUGUUUUUUCUCGCUGGAGGUUUCAUGGAAUCGCUGUGAUUGUUGUUGUGGUGGUGGCGGUGGUUGUGGCUCCUCUGGCUGUCCGCGGUUACUGCACCCGGCUCGUCCGCUGUGGCCGUGAGGGGAAAAGACCACAACAACGACCCCGGCGGCAGACCUGCCCCCCUCCCUCCUCUCGCUCUCUUUCUCUCUCUCUGUCUGUCUGUCUGAGUCCGCGCUGCACAAACCGACAAAAAGACAAUUCAAAGUCGCCGUUUGAGCUCCACAAGUUCGACAGAAACAACAACACAAAAGAUGAGUUCAUAUUUCGUCAACUCGCUCUUCUCUAAAUAUAAAAGCGGGGACUCGUUACGCCCGAACUAUUACGAGUGCGGUUUUGCGCAGGACCUGGCCGGCAGCCGGCCCACCGUGGUGUACGGACCGGGCUCCGGCGCCACCUUCCAACACGCUCCGCAGAUCCAGGACUUCUACCACCACAGCGCUUCCACGCUGCCCAGCAAUCCGUACCAGCAGAGCCCCUGCGCGGUGACGUGCCAUGGCGAGCCCGGAAACUUCUACGGAUACGACGCUCUGCAGCGGCAGACGCUCUUCGGAGCACAGGACGCGGAUCUGGUCCAGUACAGCGACUGUAAACUGGGCGGCGCGCCGGGGCUCGGAGGCGAGGACGGAGAGGGAACCGAGCAAAGCCCUUCACCGACGCAGCUGUUCCCGUGGAUGAGGCCGCAAGCUGCGGGCAGGAGACGCGGCCGGCAGACCUACAGCCGCUACCAGACACUGGAGCUGGAAAAGGAGUUCCUGUUCAACCCAUACCUGACCCGGAAACGUCGCAUCGAGGUGUCGCAUGCACUGGCACUGACAGAACGGCAGGUAAAGAUCUGGUUCCAAAACCGCAGGAUGAAGUGGAAGAAGGAGAACAAUAAGGACAAGUUCCCCAGCAGCAAGAGCGAACAGGAGGCGGUGGAGAGGGAGAGGAGGGAGAAGGAGCUGAGGGAGAGCGGCAGCGGAGGAGCAAGUAGUGAUGGCGGCGGCGGUGGAGGAGGUGGAGGAGGAGGAGGAGGAAGCACAGUGGCCGGCACGGCGGGGUCACAGGCCUCCUUGAGUGAGGAUUGCUGCGAGAAAACCCACAAGCAAAUGUAAGAAAGUUGUAAAAAUUAAAGGGGAGAGAAGAAGAAAGGAAGA